CAUUAAGCAUUGCAAUUUAGGGUUUCAAUUGACUGUAGUAUGUGUCGUUCACCAAUUUGCACUGGACAAUCAGUUCUAGUAAUAAAUUUUGUGCUUCCGGUGGAUUUUGGUUCAGGUUGUUAUAUAAUGGACUACACUGGUUAUAGUUAGUUUGCAUAGAUUGCAGUGGUUGGAUUUAAUUUUAGUGUGUGUGAUUUUGUUUUUUUUUUUUUUUUUUUGUGCUGGUUUUGGAGGAUGUGGAAUACUUAUUUGCACUUUUUUUGAAAAUGUAGGUGAAUUAAAUUAUGAAGAAAAAGUCUGUGGUUCGGAAUUUAGGUUGGCAAAAGGGGGUAAGUCAUUUAUACUGUUUUGUGUUUUGGGUAAUCUAUUCUAAAAACUGUUGAUAUUGAAUUGUUGGUUUGGAAUUGGGUAUAGGUCAGUUUGAAGUCUUGUAAAGGAUCUGUAAAGGGGCAAGGGUCAUCUAAAUUAUCUAAGGGGAAAGGGGCUGCUAAAAUACCUAAUGGUCAAGACCCUUCUAAAGUAGUUGUCCCUAGCAGCAAAACAAAUGCUAAGAAAAGGAAUUCCAAGCAUUCUGAAAGUGAUGAGGAUGAAAAGGAUGUGGAUUAUCAAGCGUCAAGUAAUUCCCAAUGACUGUGCUGAGGAUGAUGGUGAUGAAUAACAGUCAAGCUCUGAAGUGUUGAAGGGAUUGUUGGUUCAUUUCUUACAGAGAGACAGUAAGAAGAGGAAGUCAAAACAUAUUGAUACAAGUUCAAUGAAAAUCCGUAAGGAGGAAUGGAGAAGUCAAGGGCAUAGGAGAAGUGAAGGACAUAGAGUGUGUGCUAGGGGUGAGGUGAUUAGGACACAUUUCGAGAAUGUCGGGAAGCAACCAAAUAUUGUCUGUAGAGUGGAGUCAUUUUGUGUUGCAGUGCAGAAGUUUGAUGAUGACCGACGACAAUUAGUUAGAAGGAUGGGGUUUGAAGGGUUGUUGUGUCUGGAUAUGAAGAACAUUCCGCGGCAAUUUUGCUAUUGGUUGAUGACUAGGGUAGGAGCUCAUGGAACAGUUGUUUUUGGUGAUGGAGUCAUGUUGCCUCUUGGUGCAAAACAAGUUAGGUAUAUACUUGGUAUACCUAUGGGAGCCAAUCUAGUGCCCACACAUGUUGAUAUGGAGUGUGAGGAGGAGUUCCAGAAUGUUAAUAGGAUCAUUGACUUGUAUGGUGUUGGGUCUAAGAAGGAAACAAUAUCACUAGCUGCGGCUUCAAGGGUAAUGUGUCCACUUGAUGAUUCUGGUGAAAUAUUUCCGUUGGGUGAUGAUGAGCAGGACCAAGAGGAUUUCAUGACUGCUUUUAUGGUAGUUGUGCUUGGAAAACUGAUAUGCACAACUACAAAUAGCUCGAACAUGGCUAGGGCACUAGUCCCUGUUGUGACAGUUGCCUCUAGAGCAAUUGAUUUUGACUGGUGUUCUUUUACCUUAGCAUGGUUGUGUGAUACCGCUGCUCGCUUUUAGAAGAAGUUUUUAAAAGAUGGUUUUAGGUCUGGUUGCGGUGGGUGUCAUUGAUAUACGUGUUUUAUACAAUGGUUUUCCCCGGUUUUACUUAGUAAUUUU